AUGACAUCAACUACAGCAGCCGAUGAAAUAUUAUCCGACGAAUCAAGCUUCUACGGCGACGACGAUGAAAAGACCCAAUUGGAAGCAUAUGUCUCAUCAUACGACCCAGAGCCAUUCUGGGUAGAAACCCACCAGAAGCUGCUAUCAACCAUCCAGCAGCAACUGCGCGCGCCGCCGACACGCGCAACGGCCACAUCAUCAGACAUAUCAAUGGACGAUGCAUCCCCAGAACCAGGCAUAGUACCACGCAACCAGCGCGGGAAGACCGAGCCUAUAGCUCGCUUUUUAUCGCGUCUUCCGCCCUCAGCAACAGAAGCCGCGGACGUAGGCCCCUGGAUCUGGAUGUUCAAUCCGCACAUGCCCUCCAACCAGAAUGGGGAUGGGGAUGUUCCCACCCUGCUUCGAAAAGGCAGGGAGAUUCUUCAGGAGUACGAGAAUGAGAGUGCGGUUUUGCGCGAGGCGCAUGAUAAAUCUGGCGCGAAGACUACGGCUUCCUUGACUCGUAAAUUGAAUCCGAUGCGGAAGAAGCUUGAGAAGAGUAUCCUUGAUCUCGCGAGGGAGACUGGUGUUACCAGUGGGAAGUGGAUGCUUUUUCCGACUGCGGAUCAGGUUGAUGAGCUUUGGGGAGGAGUUGUUAGGGCGAUGGAGAAGGGGGAGCUUGGGAAUGCGGCGAAAGUUGCUACUGACGGUGGGGGUGGAGAGAGUCGUUUGAUUUGUGUUUACACGGAUGAUUUUGGGGAUGUUGAGGAUGUUAAGCGGGUUGUCAGUAAGUUGGUUGAUAUUGGGCUUGUUGGGAAGGGGCCUCGGUCUGUUUACUACAAGCCUGAUGCGUUUACUCAUCUGGAGAUUAACUCUAAGAAUGAGUAUGGGCUCAAGGCGAGUAUGUAUUCGAGUCGGGAGGUGCUUGAGGGGAAAUAG